AUGGCAAAACAAGUAAAAACAAAAGAGCUACGAUUUGUGUAUUAUGUCGAAUUUCUAGUUAUUCCUUAGAAAAUUAUUCAUUAUUUUAUUGUUCAAGCUUGUUCAAAUAAUAUAGAAGUCUAAUUUGAAAUGGACAACUUAAACUAUGAAGGUUUAUGGUGUUUUCACUAUUUGUACUUCACUGAUGAAACGGAAUUAGUAGUAGGAUUAGAAUGUCCAAAUUAGCUUUAGACUAAAAUAUUUUAAAGCGAUCUUAAUUGUUUUUAAGACUUGAUACUAAUUCAUGGAUAGAAUACUUAAAUGUUGAAGGGUAGCACGAAAAAAAAUUUAAUGUUGAAUACUUAUCCUGGCAAGGUGAAAUUAUAUUAAAUAACUAAUAUAUUGCUUUUAACAGAAUACAAAGAUGAUUUUUUUUAAGGAAUAAAUGAAAAACUCAGUAUCAACCCAUUAAUUUCAUAUCUAAAAUACUCACCCUUUAUCAAAAAUAAUAUUAUUAGUUAAUUUUAUUAUAAUAGAAGCUAUGAUAUUAAGUUUUGGUCCAAAAUAAACAUUAAAGAGGUUAAUCAAUAAUAAAUAGGUAUUCUAAAGAUUAAACCUCAUAAUUUCUAAUAGAAUCUCAAUAUCUUUUUAUUAAAUUAUAUAAAGGAUUAAGAAUAAUGGUCUUAUUCAAUUGAAUACUACACUUAUAAUUACCCUUUUGUACGUAAUGAAAAUUUAAUAAAAACAUUUUUAAAAAGUUUCACUUAGAACAUAGAAGUAGAACUUAUUACAUAAUGGCAUCUCAUAGAAAUAACUUAUGUACUGAAUAUUUUAGUUUUUAAACUAACUAGUUUUAUGACAAACCAAAAAUACAAUAUCGAAUUCAAAGAAAUUUAUUAAUUUUCAGAUAUACUUUUAGAGUUUUAAUUUGGAGCUAGUGAUAGUUAAAAAGUAAGUUAUGAAGGGGAAAUAGCAUAAUUCAAUUAUUUCAAUUAUAUAAGUCCUAUCAAUCAGAUGAAUGAAUUAGGAAGACAAUAAAAUUGCCAUUACUCAUGUUAAAAUUGUUGGGGUCCUUUUAAUAAUUAAUGUUUAUCUUGUCUAGAUUCAGAUAAUCGGAUUUACGAUUAGAAAACAAAUUCCUGUCAAUGUAAAUUAUGGUAUGUGGAAGAUAAUUAGUCGAAAUGUUAUGGAUCUGCUGAUAUGAACCUUAAAUAAACAUUCAAUUAUUUACCUGAUAACAAUUAAUAUGAAUCCGAAGAUACAGAAAUAAUUUGUGCUUUUGGUUAUUUUAAGUAUAAAGAAUCUUGUAUAUAAUGGUAUUAAUUGUUAAUGUAACUUAGUCCUUCGGCUUCGUAAAAGGGAAUGUUAAAUUGUUUAGAAUGUAUAUAAAAUCCUGAUUUAUGGGUAUAUAAAGGUAGUUGUUAAGAAUAGUAUCAUCAAUUUUAAGGUUCUUAGAAUAACGUGUAUUAUAGCACUCUAAAUGAAAAAGCAUAGACAACUUAAUUUUUUGUUGUCAACGAAGAAGUGGUUGGUUGUGAUGGAUGCGAUCGUUGUACAGAUCAAGAUAUUUAGGAAAGGUAUAUUGAUUGCAUCUUAUAUCCUGAUAAACACUUGGAUUAAGAUGUAUAUAUCACUUGCUAUUUUGGUGUUUACUAGUAAGAUGUAAAAAAAUGUCUUGAGGUUUAAUAAGAAAGUCACAAUGGUAAGUCUUAAUGCUCAAAAACGUGUGGAUAUUGCUUGUUUAAAUAAUGUUUGUAUUGUAAAGAUUCUUAACGAUAUUUCAUGGAUGUUUAAGGCAUUUGUAGAACAUGUGAUCUUACAAACUGCAAAUAUUGCUUCUAAUAUAAUAUAUUUGACAAAAACUAAGUUUCAAUUCAAUUAGAAGAUAUUUCAUACAAUCUAGAAGACUAUGUUAUUGCUUGUUCAUUAUGUUUUCCAGGCUAUAUAUUUAAUUUUUCAAUCAAUUAAUGUGUUGAAUAUACUACAAGUAAUUAAUGCGUGAAUGGUUUCAUUUCAGAAGAAAACCAAUUUGUUUGUACUUCUACUCUCUUGUCUAAAGAUGAGAUCUAAAGGAACAUAGCUAUACAGUUUAUUAAUUGUCAGCAUUAUUAUUCAAAUUGCUUAAAAUGCCUUUAAGACUUUAAUGGAAAUAUCCAAUGUGUAGAAUGUGUUUAUGGAUACUUCUUGAAUUUUUUAAAUGGGAUCUGCUAAUAAUGUUCUGCUCAAUUUGAACACUCAGAAGUGUGUGUUAUGACGACUUCUUAAUAAGAUAAUUGGAAAUAUCAAGUCUAAAGUUUUUAUAUAAAUUUCAAACCUAAUAAGAUUCCUAUUCUAAUCUAAGGAAUUUAUUAUAUAUAAUGGUAUGAUAUAUUGAAAUGCGCUGAUGGAUACAUAAAAUUUGGUAUGACUUGUAAUAAACUUAUAAAUUAAGAUUGUCUUCAAUAUGAUACACCCAGCUCAAUUUGUAUUACUUGUGAAAAUAGUUCUGAUGUUAAUCCUAUUUUAUCCUACUUUGAUAAUUAAUGUUAAUAAUGUCCAUAUCCAUGUUAAAUAUGUUAACCAAUCUCAUUAGAUCAAAUAUAAACUAUUAACCCUUACUUUAUAGUAAAUGAACAAUCUAUAAAAUAAACGUACUUUUGUGUAUUCAAUUACAAAGAGGAUUUAACAUACAUUGAAUCCCACACAGGAUAAACUAAAGGAAAGGAUUCAUCUAAACGAAGAUAUAAACUUCAAUUAGAACCUGAGACUUUUACAACUCUUCAAAAUCCUAUUAAAUAAGUUGAUGACCUAACAAAUUAUUUAUAAAAAGUCAAACCUGACUUAUAUAUUUAUAAGUAUAAUAGUCAAAGUAAUUCAUCCCCUAUUAAUCAUAGAGAACAAGUAUUUUCUUUGAAAAAUCAGACAUUUCUUUACGAUGGAUAUAAUGAUAGUUUACAUCAAAAGUAAUUCGAAAUUGCCAAUUAAUCUACUGUUAAUAUAUAGAAUCUUAGAAUUUUUUAUUAAUCUAAUAUUUUCUUUGUGCAUUCCACAUUUGGGGUUUCAAUAUUUUUUAGGAAUAUCUCUAUUUCCAAUUUGGAGUUAGAAAAAACAAUUUUUUCAAUUGAAUAAGCAACUAAUGUUUAUAUUAAUACAAUUUUGUUAUCUAAUGUAACUCUAUUAAAUUCACACUUAUUUUCGUUUAAACAUUAUCAAAGAUAAUCAACCCAAAACAUUUACAUCCAUAUAGAAAAUAUUAUAUUGGUUGAUAGUAAUUUAACAAAUUCAUCAAUCAUAUCCUUUUAUACACUUACUGAUUCAGAAUUUGCAUUCCUAAAAUUAAAUUAGAUCACAGUUAUCAACACUUACCUCUUAAAUUCUUCAAUUAUAACAAUCGAUUCUAUAACUUUUAAUUCUUACUAUUCAGCCGAAAGGAUCAUAUUUAAAAAUUCAACAAUCUAAAAAUGUAUUCUAUUUAGAAUUCCAAUUUCUAAAACAGUAUUUAUUAGCAAAUUUGACAUUAUUGAAUGUAAAAUCUCUAAUAGCAUUUUCAUAAAAAUCGUUUCAUCUUUUUCAAUAUAAAAUAUUAUCAUUGAUAAUAGUGCAUUUGUAAAAAGUAAUUUAAUCAUAUACACCCAAUAAUUUGUAAAAAAUGGAUAUAGUCAUUCAAUUUCUAAUUUAACAUUAAAUGCCUUAGAUUUUUGCGGAGGAGAUUUCAUUUCUAUUAAGAAUGAUAAAGAUCAAAAGGGAUUUAUAAAAUUGUAAAAUUUGGAGAUAAAAAAUAUAUCAUCUUCUUGCUAAAACGCAUGCAAUACAAGUUAAUGUUUAUUUACAUAUAGCAGCCAUACUAUUGUAAUUGAAAAUGUACAAAUUAAGAAUAUACAUGCGUAAUGGUAUUUUUGCCUUUAAAAAUUUACUCAAAUAACAAUUAAUAAUUUAAUUAUUUAAGGAAAUAAUUUGUUUACUUAUUCCUUAAUGUGGUCUUAGAUUAAAUAGCUCAAAUCAUCAAUAAAUACAAGGGUGCAAAGUUGCGGAGUAUUCUAUAUUCAAGAUUUUGUGAAUAUUAAAGUAAAUAAUGUAUAAAUCAAAAAUCAUUUUAUUGUAAAUUCAGCGCUAAUUUUGUUGAUUUCAAAAGGCCAAGCCCUAAACAAUUAGAAAAUAAAUAUAAACUCUUUGUAACUUCAUAACAACUAUUUGAUUAAAACAGAAAGUACUUAGUUUGCCAGUCUUUUAUAUAUAUAUUCAGAGUAUUUUUGUGAGACAGUUAUUAAUGAAUCUUCAUUUAAAAAUAACUUGAUCAUUCAUUUUUUAGAAGAUUAUUCAUUUAUAUCUCCUGGACUCAUUUAUAUUUAAGUUUGUUAAUAAAAUAUAUAUAUGGAUAACAACAUCAUUUACUAAAAUACUAUUUUAAACACAACUAAUUCUCUUAUUUAUUUGAAUUCCAAUUAAGUGAAAAUAAAGGAGAUAAAAGUAUAAAAUAUUAAUUAUGAUCCAAAUCAAUUAAAUUAAGAUAUUUAUAGUAAAUCGAUUGGUGGGGUAAUAUAUGCUAAAACAGAAUUAUUUGUAAUUGAUAAUUCUGUUUUCUAAAACUUGUACGGUUAUUAGGCAUCUUGUUUGUUUUUGGAAUUAAUUCGAUUAGGAAAUGUAGAUAUGAAUAAUAUUUAUAUUGAGAAUGCAAUAAGUUGGUCAAAUGAAUAGGAUUAUGCAGUUGGAGGUUGUUUGGGUGUUAAUUCAAUUAACUCAAAGUUAAAUUUAAAUUUAAAUAGAAUAAAAAUAUAUAAUUGUAAAAGCAAAAAUUAAAAUGGCUUUUUGUAUUUGAUCUCAUCGACAAUUAGUAAUGAUGUAGUGUUUGAUAACAUAAUAUUUACAAAUGUGUUUUCUUAGAGUAAAGUCAUGUUUGAGUUUGAUUUUUCAGGUAAUAAUUAGCUCAAUAACGUAAAAUUAUCAAAUAUCAUUAUUAACCUUGAUGAAACUCUGCAUUAAUAGAGCUUUGGUAAAAUUCUUGAAUAGACUAACUAAACCAGAAAUGGGAUUAUAUCAAUUUUUAAUAGUAAUAUAUAAAUUAAAAAUCUAUAUUUUGAGGGGAUUGCCACUCAAAAGAUCUUGAAUCUUCAAUUUUCUAAUUCAAUUUUGUUAAGUAAUCUGUACUUAAAUUAAGUAAAUGCCAAGAGUGAUGAGCUUAUUACAAUAUCAAAUAGAGGACUCAUCCUCUCUGAAAAUUCUUUCUUGAAAGAGAUAUUAAAAAUAGCUAUAACAAAUAUAACUAUUUAUAGAUCUUCUUUUUCAGGGAGGAGUAUUGAUAAUUUUGUAAGUAAUGCCUUUUUAAGCAUAAUUAUCGCAAAUAUCUAUUAAAAUUAAAAAAUAAAGUUAUUUUUGACUAAAAUAUACUUAAUUCAAAAUUAAUGCGAAACAUGUUAAUAGGGAUUAAUUUAUAUACAAUUAGAUUAAAAUGUUGAAAAGUGUAAAAUAUCAGACUUUGUUCUAUAUGAUAAUAAUUGUGGAUAAUCUAAUUGUUUAUUUGUAAAUUAAAGUGUGAAUCUUGAAAUGAGAACUAGUAUGUUAAUUUAAAAUAUUGGUAAAAGCAAUGGGACAAUGAAAUUAGAUAUCGAUUCUUUUGCAGGUAAGAAUCUAUUGUAUUUAAAUAAUAUUGGUACUUUUGGAGGUGGACUUUAUUAUAAAUCAACUAAUGAGUUAACAAAUCUUAAAAAUAUCUAAUUCAUAAAUAAUUCAGCUGAGUUGGGAGGAGCUGUUUACAUUGAAAAUACUAGAAUAUCUCCUGUUACUUUAUCAAAGAUAUUUUUUAUUGAUAAUAUGGCAAGAAAUCUAAUCUCAAACGUAAGAGAAUAACCUAGUCAUUUAUAAUUAUCGUUAUUUGGAUAGAAGAUAAUGACAAUAAGGGAUAUAAAUUCAGGAUAACCAAAUUUUACAAAAUAUGAUAUUGAUAAUUUUAUAUAAAUUCCAAGUGGAUAGAAGAUUGGAAAUUAUGAAUUAUAGAUUUCAAAUGAGGUAACUUUGAAUAAGUUUUAUAAUAUAUAACUCAAGAUUUUGCCAAUCAACACUUUAAACGAAGUUUAAAUUGAAAAUGAAAAUGCUGUAUGUAUGCUUGACUUGUCAAAUUAGAUGAACAAAGACAAUAUAGUUAUUUAUAAGGAUAUUUAACAACAAGAAUAAAUAGCAUACAAUAUCAGUAGUCAAUCUUUUGAUCUUUCAAAUCAUUCAAUAGUAUUGGAUCCUUAUUCAAAAGAAAUAGAGUUUUAGAGAUUUAAGGUCAAAUGUGACUGUAUAAGAAAUAUGAAUUACACUUUUUAAUUUAAUGCAAAGAGUUUUACAUGCAAGAUGGGAGAAUAUUAUUUUGAAUCUUAAUGUUUAUUAUGCGACUAUAAGAAAGGAUUUUAUUCAGUAGAAUUAAAAGCGUAGAAUUGCUAGAAGGUGGAUCCAAAGUUAAUCAAAUCCAAUACGAUAAAUACUAUUGAAUUGUAUCCUGGAUAUUGGAGACCAAAUAUUAGAAGCCAUUAUAUUUCAAAAUGUUAGAGCAAAAUUAACAAUUGUUUAGGUGGUUGGUAGACCGGAGAUAUUUCUUGUCAAGAUGGAUCUAUUGGAGCUUUAUGUGAAGAAUGCGAUAUAUAUAAUUUUAGAGGAUUUGGAUAAUAUUUUAAAAAUAAGAAUAUUCAAUGUGAAAUUUGUAGUGAAUAAGCAUGGGAAAUCUUGUUUUCACUCUUCAUAAAUUCUAUCGCUAUUGUUUCAAUAUAUUUGACUGUCAUUAGUGUAAAUAGUGUCUUUAAAAGUUUUAAAUUACUGAAAUAAACUACUAAAUAUUAUAAGAUAAUCUUUUGCAGUAAUUUAGGUAACAGUAAUUCUGAUUUAUUAGAUCAAUCUGCGGCUCUUAUUAAAAUGAUCGUAAACUAUUGUUAAAUACUGGUUAGUAUUAAAUCGUUUCAAUCAGAUUUGUAUUUCAAUAUCAUUGAUAUUUUAAUGCCCAUAAGCAAUCCAAUAGGAAGCUCCACUUUUUCUUUUUAAUGCUACAUUACUAGCUCUUCAAGUAUACAAAUAAUCUAUCUUACUUAAAUCAUGUAUUUAAUGUUGCCAGCAAUCUAUUAUCUAUUUUUUUUAACAAGUUAUUUGAUAUUAGUGAUUGGGCAUAAGAUGAUUCUAUCUUCAACCAUUUACUUUACAGCUUUAAUCUACUUGUUUUUUUAUACUCAACCUAACAUAAUAAAGUAAUUUGGAGGAUUGAUUGCAUAUAGAACAAUAUCGAUGAUCGAUUACAUCAAUAUAAACACCUCAUAUUUAUAUUAUACUUAAGAGCAUUAAAAUUGGGUACGAUUUUUUAUUGGGCCAGUCUUAGUGAUUUUCGGAGGAAUAAUACCUCUGGUUCUAUUGGCAAUACUCUACAGAUUCAGAAAAUAUUUUCAUUUUGAACGAACUCGGAAAAUAUGGGGAUAUUUAUUUAAUGAUUACAAAGAAAAUAGUUAUUAUUGGGAAAUAAUUAAGAUAUUUUAGCGAGAAGUAAUAAUGUUAUCGUUAAUAAUCAAUGAGGAGAGAGUAAUCUUGAAGAGCGUCAUAACGCUUCUGGUUUUGAUCCUAUAUUUCUUUAGUUUCCUUUACUUCCAGCCUUACAAUCUUUAAGCUUUAAAUCGAUUUGAAUAAGAAAGUAUUCUAUUAUGUGGAAUCAUCAUUAUUUUAAGUUCUCUUCAUUAUUAAUCUACCCUUGCUGAAUAGGGAAACCUUGAUAUACCCCUUCAGAUCCUAUAAAUUAUUUUUUCGUUGUACUUUAUUUACACUAUCAUAAAAAAAGUAGUUCUUGUCUAUUAUACUAAAUACGAUGAAAGACUUGAUUCAAUAAGAAAGUAGAUUUUAUAGAAGUACCCACAAAUAAAAUACAUGUGUCCAGGAUUGAAAACUAUUUUAGUUUUAAGGAGUGAAAGAAAGAAAAUUGCACUUUCUCGAUUUCAAUUGAUUAAAAAAGCGUUAAUUUAGAAAAGAAUAAACACAAAAUCAAGAAUGAUCCAUAGCACAAAGGUUUCUUAACCAAGUCCUUUAUCAGUUGAAAUUUGGUGA